AUGGAGGAUUACAGCAAAAUGGAUAUACCAAAUGCCCCAACUUCCAAAUGUAUCACUUAUUGGAAAAGAAAGGUUAAGUCUGAAUACAUGAGACUUCGACAACUUAAACGGCUUCAGGCAAAUAUGGGUGCAAAGGCUCUGUAUGUAGCAAAUUUUGCAAAGGUUCAAGAAAAAACCCAGAUCCUCAACGAAGAAUGGAAGAAGCUACGUGUUCAACCUGUUCAGUUGAUGAAGCCUCUGAGUGGGCAUCCUUUUCUCAAAAAGUGUACCAUUGACAGCAUUUUCCCGGGAUUUGCAAGCCAACAUAUGUUAAUGCGGUCUCUGAACACAGUUGCAUUGGUUCCCAUUAUGUAUUCCUGGUCCCCACUCCAGCAGAACUUUAUGGUAGAAGAUGAGACAGUUUUGUGCAAUAUUCCCUACAUGGGAGAUGAGGUGAAAGAAGAAGAUGAGACUUUCAUUGAAGAGCUGAUCAAUAACUAUGAUGGGAAAGUACAUGGUGAAGAAGAGAUGAUUCCUGGAUCUGUCCUGAUUAGUGAUGCUGUUUUCCUGGAGUUGGUAGAUGCCCUGAAUCAAUACUCAGAUGAAGAGGAGGAAGGGCACAAUGACACCUCAGAUGGAAAGCAAGAUGACAGCAAAGAAGAUCUGCCAGUAACAAGAAAGAGGAAACGACAUGCUAUAGAAGGCAACAAAAAGAGUUCCAAGAAACAGUUUCCAAAUGACAUGAUCUUCAGUGCAAUCGCCUCAAUGUUCCCUGAGAAUGGCGUCCCAGAUGACAUGAAGGAGAGGUACCGAGAGCUAACAGAGAUGUCAGACCCCAAUGCACUUCCCCCUCAGUGCACACCCAACAUCGAUGGCCCCAAUGCCAAGUCUGUGCAGCGGGAGCAAUCUCUGCACUCCUUCCACACACUUUUUUGCCGGCGCUGCUUUAAAUACGACUGCUUCCUUCACCCUUUUCAUGCUACCCCUAAUGUAUAUAAACGCAAGAACAAAGAAAUCAAGAUUGAACCAGAACCCUGUGGCACAGACUGCUUCCUUUUGCUGGAAGGAGCAAAGGAAUACGCCAUGCUCCACAACCCCCGUUCCAAGUGCUCUGGUCGGCGCCGGCGAAGGCACCACAUGGUCAGUGCUUCCUGCUCCAACACUUCAGCCUCUGCUAUGGCUGAGACUAAAGAAGGGGACAGUGACAGGGACACAGGCAAUGACUGGGCCUCCAGUUCUUCAGAGGCUAAUUCUCGCUGUCAGACCCCCACAAAACAGAAGGCGAGUCCAGCCCCACCUCAGCUCUGUGUGGUGGAAGCACCCUCGGAGCCUGUGGAAUGGACUGGAGCUGAAGAAUCUCUUUUUCGAGUCUUUCAUGGCACCUACUUCAACAACUUCUGUUCGAUAGCGAGGCUUCUGGGGACUAAGACGUGCAAGCAGGUCUUUCAGUUUGCAGUCAAAGAAUCACUUAUCCUGAAGCUGCCAACAGAUGAGCUCAUGAACCCUUCUCAGAAGAAGAAAAGAAAGCACAGGUUGUGGGCUGCACACUGCAGGAAAAUUCAGCUGAAGAAAGAUAACUCUUCCACCCAAGUGUACAACUACCAACCCUGCGACCACCCGGACCGCCCCUGCGACAGCACCUGCCCCUGCAUCAUGACUCAGAAUUUCUGUGAGAAGUUCUGCCAGUGCAACCCGGACUGUCAGAAUCGCUUCCCCGGCUGUCGCUGUAAGACCCAGUGCAAUACCAAGCAGUGUCCUUGCUAUCUGGCUGUGAGAGAGUGUGACCCCGACCUGUGUCUCACCUGUGGGGCCUCAGAGCACUGGGACUGCAAAGUGGUUUCCUGUAAAAACUGCAGCAUCCAGCGAGGACUCAAGAAGCACCUGCUGCUGGCCCCCUCAGAUGUGGCCGGAUGGGGCACCUUCAUUAAGGAAUCUGUGCAGAAGAACGAGUUCAUUUCUGAAUACUGUGGUGAGCUCAUCUCUCAGGAUGAGGCUGAUCGACGAGGGAAGGUCUAUGACAAAUACAUGUCCAGCUUCCUCUUCAACCUCAACAAUGACUUUGUAGUGGAUGCAACCCGGAAAGGAAACAAAAUUCGAUUUGCAAACCAUUCAGUGAACCCCAACUGUUACGCCAAAGUGGUCAUGGUGAAUGGGGACCAUCGGAUUGGGAUAUUUGCCAAGAGGGCAAUUCAAGCCGGCGAAGAGCUCUUCUUUGAUUACAGGUACAGCCAAGCUGAUGCCCUCAAGUACGUGGGGAUCGAGAGGGAGACUGACGCCCUUUAG